CUCCGUCCUCCCUGCCGGCAGCGUGGGCUGCUGUGCCUGAGACCCGGGGAUGGCGGCGGUGGCUUCGCGGGCGCGCGGGCUUCUGCGGCUCCGAGCUGCUGGAGCGGAGCGGCGGUGGUGCGGACUGCGCUGCACUGGGCUGGUGCAAGGCUUUCUGCAACCCGGGGGCGAGGACGCGACCCAGAAGCGGCGGGUGGCCCACUUCACUUUCCAGCCGGACCCGGAGUCCCUGCAGUAUGGACAAACUCAGAAAAUGAACCUCUUCCAGUCAAUAACAAGUGCCUUGGAUAACUCAUUGGCCAAAGACCCCACUGCAGUAAUAUUUGGUGAAGAUGUUGCCUUUGGUGGAGUUUUCCGAUGCACUGUUGGCUUACGAGACAAAUAUGGAAAAGAUAGAGUGUUUAACACCCCAUUGUGUGAACAAGGAAUUGUUGGAUUUGGGAUUGGAAUCGCCGUCACUGGUGCUACGGCCAUUGCGGAAAUCCAGUUUGCCGACUAUAUCUUCCCCGCCUUUGAUCAGAUUGUCAAUGAAGCUGCCAAGUACCGCUAUCGCUCUGGUGAUCUUUUCAACUGUGGGAGCCUCACCAUCCGGGCCCCAUGGGGUUGUGUGGGCCACGGGGCUCUCUACCAUUCUCAGUGUCCGGAAGCCUUUUUUGCCCAUUGCCCAGGAAUCAAGGUGGUUAUACCCAGGAGCCCUUUCCAGGCCAAGGGACUUCUACUGUCAUGCAUAGAAGAUAAAGAUCCAUGUAUAUUUUUUGAACCUAAAAUUCUUUACAGAGCAGCAGUGGAACAGGUCCCGGUUGAACCCUACAAGAUCCCCCUGUCCCAGGCUGAAGUCAUCCAGGAGGGCAGUGAUGUGACUCUCGUUGCCUGGGGAACUCAGGUUCAUGUCAUCCGGGAGGUGGCUUCCAUGGCACGAGAAAAGCUUGGAGUGUCUUGUGAAAUCAUCGAUCUGCGGACAAUCACACCUUGGGAUAUGGAUACAGUUUGCAAGUCUGUGAUCAAAACAGGGCGACUGCUGAUCAGUCACGAGGCUCCAUUGACAGGCGGCUUUGCUUCCGAGAUCAGCUCCACCGUCCAGGAAGAAUGUUUCUUGAACUUAGAGGCUCCAAUAGCUAGAGUGUGUGGAUAUGACACUCCAUUUCCUCACAUUUUUGAGCCAUUUUAUAUCCCGGACAAAUGGAAGUGCUAUGAUGCUCUUCGCAAGAUGAUCAACUAUUGACCAGAGAGAAAACCUGGAAGAUUAUGACUAGAUUUGGAGAUAUUUUUCUGAACUUUUUUUAUAUUUCCUUAGACUUCUUUCUUCUUAUACAUAAUUUAUGAAAUGAACUAUGACGGAUAUUGGCUGAAGAGCUGCAAAUCACUUGUUGUGUUAAUAUGAGUGGAUUGGGGGGAUUGAGCGUGUUAAAGAGCUCCAUGGCAGCCUUAUGAUUAUUUCAUAACUAUGAAUAUUGGGUAGUGUUGUAUUCAAUAAAGCAAAAUCGCAUUGCCUUCAAA